AUGGCUACCGAAAGCGUCCUACAAGAGCAUCGUAUCGUCGUCGGUCUCGACUACGGAACAACAUACAGUGGAACUGCUCACGGCGAUACAUCCCAAAAGUCCAUCGAUAAUAUCAAAGUCAUUCGACGUUGGCCUGGUAAAGAACGUCGUGACGAGGUCAAAUGUCCUAGUGACAUCGCCUACGGUGCAGACGGAACCUAUCGUUGGGGAUAUCUGAUUCCGCCAGGUCUAGCCAGACUAGCCUGGGCGAAAUUAGACCUUGACGAAGACAACUUCUACGAGAACCAGGAAGAAAAUUCGGAAGAAUAUGUGGACCUUCAAGAUCCUUUUGCCGAGACACCGGCGCCGGCAGAAGAUGAGUUCCCAAUGGCGGAAGGAAUGAGACACAAUCCUUUAAAUAAGAGUCCUGUGGAUGUGGUGGCAGAUUAUUUAACAGCCCUUUACGAUGUUAUCAUGUCGAAUUUGAGAAGAGCACAGGGAGAGAAUUUUAUCAAUCGAACGGCAAUCGACUGGGUUAUGACAGUACCGGCUGUUUGGUCGGAAAAAGCCCAAGCUCUGACAAAAGAAGCUGCCUCUAGGGCUGGUAUCGGUCAGCGUGAGAAAGAUAGACUUUUCCUUCUCAGUGAACCAGAGGCAGCCGCAGUAUACGCUAUUUCUGAGCUUUAUCAAAGAGAUAACACACGGAGAAAUGACCCUAACAUGUUAAAUGUUGGAGACACCUUUGUUCUGUGCGAUGCUGGUGGUGGGACUGUCGAUUUGAUCUCCUACAAAGUUGGCCAACUGCAGCCUUCGUUAGGGCUCUCCGAGGUGGCAGUUGGUUCUGGCGCCAAAUGUGGGUCGACAUUUGUCGACAGGAACCUGCUUAAGUUGGUGCGCAAAAAGAUUGGCGACGACAGAUUCCAGAUCUUAUGUCAGAAACAAGACGGAAUGGUAUUAAACAAGAUGGUUUCUGAAUUUGAAGGUGUGAAACGAUCGUUUGGGGCUUCAUAUGUACCCGGUUCCGUCAGCUACCUACCAAUGCACGGGUUUGCCAAUGAUCCAGCAGCUGGUAUCAUCGAAGGACAAUUUGAAUUGACACAUGACGACCUGAAAGAGUGCUUUGAUCCUAUCAUGGAGCAAAUCAUUGACCUAAUCCAGGGCCAAAUCGAUGCAAUCUGCGAUACCGGCUCGAUACCGAAGUACGUUUUUCUCGUCGGCGGGUUCGGCGAGUCGGACUAUCUUCUAAACCGGCUAUCAACACAUAAGUUUGGCAAGGCAGGACAAGUCGAAAUUAUCAAUCCGGAUGAUGCUUGGUCCGCAGUCAGCAGAGGUGCCGUCCUCCGAGGUCUCGAAGGUAGCUUGGUCACAAACAGAAGGUGUCGAAGGAAUUAUGGUACCAGAAUCAACACUGCCUUCGAUCCUACAAUCCAUCACGAGGAGGAUGCUUUUUACUCAACGGAUACAGGGAUGAAAAUGGCAAGGAAUCAAGUUUCAUGGAUCGUUGAGAAAGGAGCGGAUACAGAUUCGAAUACAAGGUUCAAGUUGAAGUGCGGUACAACGUUCCAAAAAGGCGAGAAGUUACGUCGUGGAGCGACACUUGUCGCUUCUGAUCUUGAUAUUGCGCCUCAUAGUUAUCGGGAUAGGAGUGUGCACGAUUUAUGUUUCUUAAUGGCCGAUCUAAGUAUGGUUCCAGAGAGUGAAUUCGAUUCGGUGAAUAUCAACGGACAAGCAUGCUUAUCAGCGGAAUUCACAAUUGAAAUGGCUUUUGAAUCGGCAGAAAUCAAGUUUCAACUGUAUUUCAAGGAUAACUGCUACGGACAAGUCAAGACGACUUUCCAUUAA